AUGGAGAAAACAUCCUCCUGGGCGUGCACUGUUGUCACCCAGGUGUGUCUCUGCUCUUCUCUGUACAUAGCUCUCAACUUGGGUCACCCUCAGGCUUUGGUAAACAUAAGUGAAACUUCUGAUCUUUACUUCAUCAGUGUCAAAGGGGGUUUCAGACCAUUUACCCAACAAUUCGAUCUUCUCAAGCAGAUGGGGAAGGUAGCAAGAGCUUACAAGCCAAGUUUUAUUGUGAGCAGCAGUGAGCUAGGGGAAUAUGAUCCACUCAUGCAAAAUGCUACUCAACAUUUUCGGUCAUUGAGACUACCCUGGUACACUACUACUACAUCUUCAAAACCAAAAGGGCAAGACUUAGGGUACUUCGCAAAGAAGAUACAGACAUCUAACGGGAUAACCAUAGAACUCAUCGGUGUGGAUACUGAAUUAUUGCAAGAUGCUGUGUUGAGGGGAUCAUUAAGUGGCAACAGAAGCAAUCAAUUGUAUUGGCUGAAUAAAACACUGGCAGGAAACAGUAGCAACUGGCGCAUUGUUGUUGGAUACCAACCAUUGGUCAUUUGUGGAGAGAAAAAGGAACAAUUGAAGAAAAAGCAAGUUUUCUCUCAUUUUCACCGGCUAUUACUAAAAUUUUCAGUUAAUGUGUACAUAAGUGGGCAAGAUUGCACUAGUCAUGACAUUGAUGACAGUGUUGCUUAUAUUGGCAAUCCUGCCCCAAUUGAAACAGAACCCUAUUCAGUUUUUCUAAAUGGAAAUUCUGUCAUUAAAAGAGAAUUGGCUAAUGGAUUCCUUCUUCACCAAGUGAGCUCAGUGCAAAUUGUAACCUACUACAUAAAUUUUGCUGGUGAGAUUGCUUGCACAACUGAAGAAGAAGUGACAAACAUAACUGGCUUCCGAUCCUCAAGGCUGAAACCGAAAAACUCUGAAACACAAUGUUCUUCCCGUUCCCACUUCCUCUAUGAUCUUGAGUGA